UGUUGAUAACUCCACUCACGGGCUCCAGCGCUGCCCCUGGGGUGGAAAACUGCUCCCAGACCCGGGAACUCACCGCCUCUCGCCAACAGGAAGCGCAAGACCGCUGCCACUCCUGCUGUUUUUGCCAAAAUAGAUGGGGGCGGCCUCUUCACCCUCUCCCGCCCCAUCACGGUCGCCCAGGGCUCGACCCCGUGGCCGCUGCCUGGGACCUUGACCUUCUGGACGGCCAUGGAGGCCGGCGGGGAGAACGGUGCGACGUAAUCGGCUGUGCCGUUGGCACCACCUCCAUCCCCUGCUCACACUUCAGUAACUUCACUGUGCUCAUGGAUUUGAGGACCGUCCUGUCCCUGCCCCAGUCCCCAGGGGAGUUCCUGCACCCCGUGGUGUAUGCCUGCACGGCCGUCAUGCUGCUCUGUCUGCUGGCCUCCGCCAUCACCUACGUCGUCCACCAGAGCGCCAUCCGGAUCAGCCGGAAGGGCCGGCACACGCUCCUGAACUUCUGCUUCCACGCGGCCCUGACCUUCUCCGUGUUUGCUGGUGGGAUCAACCGCACCAAGUACCCGAUCCUGUGCCAGGCGGUGGGCAUCGCGCUGCACUACUCCACGCUCUCCACCAUGCUGUGGAUCGGAGUGACUGCCAGGAACAUCUACAAGCAGGUGACCAGGAAGGCCCCGCUGUGCCCAGGGGCAGACCAGCCACCGUACCCCAAGCAGCCCCUGCUCAGGUUCUACCUCAUCAGCGGAGGGGCCCCUUUCAUCAUCUGCGGCAUCACGGCCGCCACGAACAUCGGGAACUACGGGAUGGAGGACGAGGACUCCGCGUACUGCUGGAUGGCCUGGGAGCCCAGCCUGGGCGCCUUCUACGGGCCGGCGACCUUCAUCUCCCUGGUCACCUGCGUGUACUUCCUCGGCACCUACGUCCAGCUGCGGCGCCACCCAGAGCGCAGGUACGAGCUCCGGGAGCGGACGGAGGAACAGCAGCGGCUGGCGGGGCCCGAGGCCGGCGAGAGCCCCGGGGCCCCGGCGGCCACGUCGCCCGCCCACGAUGCCCCGGUCACCUCGCUGCUGCAGAACGAGCACUCGUUCAAGGCCCAGCUGCGGGCCGCCGCCUUCACGCUGUUCCUGUUCGUGGCCACGUGGACCUUUGGGGCACUGGCCGUGUCCCAGGGCCACUUCCUGGACAUGAUCUUCAGCUGCCUGUACGGCGCCUUCUGCGUGACCCUGGGGCUGUUCGUGCUCAUCCACCACUGCGCCAAGCGGGAAGAUGUGUGGCACUGCUGGUGGUCCUGCUGCCCCUCCCGUGGGGACCCCCACGCCGCGAAGCUCGGCGCCCGCCCCACGCUCGACGCCAACGGGGAUGUGCUGAGCCACGCAGCCUGCCUGCAGGACUCGCCGUGUCCCGGCAAGACGCUGGGCUUCGGCCACCCGCCCGCCAGCCACUGCAAGAUGACCAACCUGCAGGCCCCCCAAAGCCGCGUCAGCUGCCUGUCACCAGCCACACCCUGCUGCGCCCAGGUGCCCUGCGAGCAGUCGAUGGAGGACGCAGCCCACGUCCACGUGCACGAGGAGGACGCCUUCGGGCAUGACCCGCACCUGCACAGGUGCAUCCAGGGCAGAGCUGAGCCUCACUACUUCAGCCGGCACCGGGCAGCCGCGGCCGAGCAGGAGUACGCCUACCACAUCCCGUCCAGCCUGGACGGCAGCCCCCGUAGCUCGCGCACGGACAGCCCCCCCAGCUCGCUCGAGGGCCCAGUGGGGCCACACUCGCUGGCCUGCUGUGCCCAGGGUGACCCCUUCCCCUUGGUCAGCCAGCCCGAGGGCGGCGACGCCAGCCCCAUGCUCUAUGGCUGUCCCCCACGGCCCGGCAGGGAGGCAGCCCACGGCCCGGCCCGCUUGGAGGUGCUCCGGAGGACACAGUCCCUGCCCUUUGGCGGCUCCGGCCAGGACGGGCUGGUCAAGGGUGAUGCACGGGACGCUGCGCCCUUCAGCUCUGACAGCACGGGUAACAUCCGCACGGGGCCCUGGAGGAACGAGACGACCGUGUAGCAGGCGGGGCUCUGUCCCCUUCGCCCACACGGCCUGGACGUGCUUCAGAUCAGAGCCAGGCCCUCGGCCACGUGAGGUGGGCAGGGGGUCACCACGUGACCCAGCCUUGGCGGCACCGCCACUGACCCCUUCGUUGGAUGACCUGAGCGGGAAGACGCUUUGGGCUACGUCGGCCUCCACGAGCCCCGAGGGCAGCCGAGCGGUCCACGUCCACAGUCACCUGCUUUCGUCCCGUAGUGCCCAGUCCCCGGCAACCCAGGGCAGAAACCCACCCUCAGCGCCCGGCGUGUAUCCCGUCUGCCCCGCCACCUGCCUUGCUGGGCCUGGCCGUGGCAGGUGGCGCCCCCGAUGUUUCCUAGUGUUUAAUGUGUGUUUUCUGUUUAGGUUUGCUCCUCAGGGCGGGCAGGCAGCCUGCCUGUCAGUCCAGAGCGCUCUGGGCAGCUGCCCCAGGCCCCUCCACUCAGGGGCACUCGAGUCAGCACCUCUGCCCAGUGCCGGCUCCGCCUUCACCCCCGCCCCACAGGCCUCAGCGCACCACAGACGCUGGGGCAGCAGCCGUACUCUGGGAGCACAAGGGCAGAGGGAGUGUCGGCGACCCUAGGCCUUCCAAGGGCCGGUG